AUGGGCUUCGAGUCGCCGGCAUUCUUGAGCCAAAAGGCGCCUCCUGGCUAUAUAGCUGGCAUUGGGCGUGGUGCUACUGGCUUCACCACCCGCUCAGAUGUGGGCUCCGGCAAACAACCUGGAAGACAGCGCGAUGACCGAGAAGCGGCUUUAGAUGGCGGGAGCCACGAUGUGGAGGAAGAUGCAGAAGAAAAUGAUGGCCGAAGAAUACGGCAAAAGGGUAGAUUUGAUGAUUCCAAUGGAUUAUCGCUGAACUCAGCACCAAUAGUGUCGAGCAGAAUCAACCAUGACGAUGCAGAGGCCGAUCGCAUUUACAGCGAGAUUGACGCACAGUUGUCGGGUCGCAAGGCUCUGAAGAAAGCAGAUGUAAACCGUGGCUCAGAAAAGGUAGCUUCGACUGGGUUGGAGCCAGUAUCACACACGUUUGUGGAUCUCAAACGUUCGUUGUCCACCGUUAGUGAAGAACAAUGGAACUUGCUGCCAGAGGCUGGCGACUUUACUAAGAGGAACAAGCGCCAGCGACUAGAAUUGCAGAAUGAGCGCAAAUCGUAUGCCGCGCCUGACGCCUUAAUUUCGGGCAACAUCGACCUCUCCAAAUUAACUCAACAGCGAGAAAAGCUUCUUAACCGUCAAUUGGACGAAAACCUCAAUGUUAAGAAUAGCAACGACGCUUUGGAAGAUUCAGAGAAAUUAUUGCGGGAAUUAGAUGAUGCUGCCAAAGAUGUUGACCUUCAAAACGAGCUUCAAGAUAUUGGACGUAUGCGCAUCAUCUUGAACUCAUAUCGCAAAUCCGAUCCUAAAAAACCCCAGGGUUGGAUUGCUUCUGCUAGACUAGAGGAAAGAGCUCGGAAGUUCAGGACCGCAAAGUCACUAAUUGACCAAGGUUGUGACCAGUGCCCCAGAGACGAAGACAUUUGGUUAGAAAAUAUUAGACUGAACUCUUCAGACCUGAAACUCUCCAAAAUUUUGGUAGCUCAAGCCCUCAGUUUUAACGAGGAAAGUCUUAAGCUCUGGCUGAAAGCUGUUGAGCUGGAGCUGGAGACUUUAAAUAAAAAGCGCGUAAUCCGGAAAGCGAUUCAAAGUUUGCCUCGAUCCCCUGAAUUAUGGAAGCUGGCUGUCCGCUACGAAGAUAAUAAGGCAGAGGCCAUCAAAAUAUUACAAAAAGCGAUGGAAUUGAUGCCGCACAAUAUUGAACUCUUAGUCGCCCUUGUGAAUCUACAAGAUCAUGCCAGCGCCAGAAAGACUCUCAAUAUUGCCAGGCAACAAAACCCUGGUGAAGUGCAAAUUUGGAUAUUGGCAUCUGAGCUCGAGGAACGAUCUGGUGAUAUACCUCUGGAAAAGCUCACAAAACUUUUAAAGAAGGGUUUAAAGGAACUUGCCGAUCACGACACGAUUUUAUCUUUUGCCGAAUGGCUACAGGUGGCCCGUCGCAUAGAAGCUGAAUUUGCAAACCUCUACAAGAAGACGGUACAGGCAGUGGUCAAAGUUGCAAUGGAAAACACAUACGCAGAUACAGACCACACAGAUACAAUUGUUAUCAUAGAUAAAAUUGAACAACAGUGCUACACGAAAUGUUGUGCCUACAAGUUUAUUCUGGAAAAACAACCUCACAAAUUAAGUAUAUGGAACAAGUUCGUGGACCUCUGUAGAGCCGAAUCUAUUAUGCCGGAGGCUUAUCAAGCUUUUGAAGACGUGCUCUUUAGUGCUGACUGCAAGCCACUGUUAGAACUACCUGUGUUGGUGCUCAUGUUUUCUAAGUUGAUAUGGAAGUACGACAAUAAUACUUCCAAAGCCCUUGACAUACUCGACAGAAGCAUAUCAAAAAAUCCAAACUACGUGGAUUUUUGGCUUGCCAAGUCCAAGCUAUUACUGAUGGAUGAACAAUUUGAAAAAGCGGAAAGCCUAUUUAAAGAUGCCCUUAAAAAACUGAAAGGCGAGUCAGGUUUUGAACGAGUAUGCCACAGGUUCCUCAGCUUCUUGCGCUAUCAAGGCCGUACCUCGGAGGCUCUAAAAUUUUUGGAAAAUAGCUUUUUGGAUCUGGUCCCUGACUGCGAAAAGCUCCUUCUUCAAUGGGGACAAAUGUACAUUGAACUGCAACAACCGCAGAAGGCGCGGGAAUGUUUUGCCAAAGGAACUCAGAAACUCCCUCAAAGUGCCAAGCUCUGGAUUGAAUUGAGCCACGUCGAUAAUAAUCUAUUGUCACAACCCAUACGAGCCCGUUCUAAUUUUGAUCUUGCCCAACUGAAUGUUCCUGCGGGUCCACAGCUGGAAUUACUUCAAGUAGCUCGCAUCCAAAUGGAGAAAAAUCUCGGAAAUCUUGAUCAGGCCAGGCUUUUGGUCGCACAAGGACUGAAGUCAAGCCCAACUAGUGCUGCUUUGUGGGCAGAGAAUCUCGAUCUGAUCGCCAAGAAGUCUGCUAAGAAAACUGCCUACCAGGACGCUCUCAAAUCCACGAAAUCAGACCAUCGUGUUUUAAUUUCGAUAGGUAUGGAUCUUUUUACUGAUUCGCACUACGAGAAGGCUCUUAAAUGGUUUGAAAGGGCUACCACUGCGGCCCCAUUGUAUGGCGACGGUUGGAUUUGGUUAUCACGUUGCUACAAGCGUACGAAUCGCCAAUUGGGGCCACUUUUUCGUCAGGUAGACGAGAUUGAACCCCGCUACGGGAGCGAAUGGGCCGCCACGGCCAAGAAGGUUGCUAACCUAUGCCAGAAGCCCUCGCAAGUUUUAAGUCAAUGCUUGAAAUGA